UUAGUACAAAAGUCAAGCAGAAGUAAGGCCAAAUCUAGAAAGGUCUGUUCUUUAACCCAGCUCUGGGUCUCCUGAAGAAUGGACUUCAUGAAGAAAGUGGCCGCUUUAGUCUUGUUAUGCUGCUUCAAUUGGAUUUGCUUGGUUUUAUCGGAAAAGGUGUCUGGGAAUCAAGUCAUCAACAUUGCCCAUAGACCAUCUACCUGGGCACCAUUAAUGCACCUAAGCGCAAAUCUCUCUGACAUUACAAGUAUCACCUCCCACUUUGAGUUCCGUACCUAUGAUCCAGAGGGCAUCAUAUUCUACGGCGACACCAAGGAUGGUCAGGACUGGUUUGUGCUCUCACUACGUGAUGGGAUACCUGAAGUUCAAAUAGGAAAAGCAAACAUUUUGAUUAGUGUGAUGGGAGGACCCAAAAUAAAUGAUGGGGCUUGGCACAAACUGGAACUGCGCAGCGAGGGUAAGUAUGUGAUUGUGGAAGUGAACAAUAAGGUGGAGCUGGUAGUUGGGAUGCAUUCGGAUCAGACAGAGGAUGUGCUUUUGGGAGUAAUAAGACUGGCUCUUGGAGGGAUGCUGGUGGAUCAGAACAGGCUACUGCAUCCGUUUAAACCAGAGAUGGAUGCAUGUAUAAGGGAAGGACAUUGGCUGAACCUAAGCACUCUGUGGGAAACAAACUGGGAACUCUCUCCGUGUAUUUCUGAGAUCAAGAAAGGAAUAUACUUUCCUGGGACUGGACUAGCUCUCUUUAAUACAUCUGAUCUUCCUGGAAUGGAAACAGAAGAAAAAGGAGUCACGAUUGAAGUAAAUGGAUCAUGGCAUGGAACAUUACUCAGUCUCAAAAGCCAUGGAUUUAAAUACAUGCUGCCUGGGACUGAAGGUUUAGAAGCAAACAAGGACCUAACCAUGGAGCUCAAAAAAGGAUCUGGCUCAAGCAACACAGCUCUGCCUUUAAAACCCACCAAGCUGACGUUCACCAUACUGAAACACUCAUUAAUGAUAAAUAACAAACCGGUGUUAGAAAAUGAAAAUAUGGACUUCUUCUCUAUGUGGAAAGAGGGGAUGAUUUUAGCAUUUGGUGGUGCACCAGAGGAGAACCAGGAAUCAAAGAGUUUGCAUCACCUCCAUGGCUGUUUGGAAGAGAUUCUUAUUCAAGGAAAAGAGAUUAAUCUUGAUCUGGCUUUUCUCAAGCACAGAUCUAUUUCAUCCCAUAGCUGUCCUGCAAAACCAAUGAAUGAACUGAACUGAAGCUAGUGCAUAAUCCACAGCAUAGCUAGAUCACUUUUAGCUUUAUGGUUCAUCCAGCCAUUAUUAAAAUUAUAACUAACCACAUGCAGGUGUGUAUUGUGUUCAUACUUAAAUAUAUAGCCUAUGUAUACAGUAUACAGUAAUGCAAAUAUUAUACUUAAAAUGAACAAUUUACAUUUAAUCAAGUCUGUCAUUUGAUCUAUUACAGCAAUUAAAAUAACAGAAACUAU